UCCGGUUACAAAUUUAGGAGCUGAUUUGGGGAAAAAGAACAAACAAACAAACAAACAAACAAAAUGUUUGCAGGCUUGCGCUCCUCCAUGGCUGUCACACGGACUCAGGCUCCUUGCUUAACGCCUUAAAAAAUAGAAUGAAUUAGCGGUGACUUAAAUUACUUGCCCACCCCCACCGUGCUGUGCCCGCAGGGGCAGGACCGAGCGCCCUGUCCCCAGGUGUGCGGGGAUUUCGGGUUCCUCCUUCCCUGCCUCCUGUAACCCUGCUGAGCUAUUCCUGGCUCUGUGGCCGGAUCCUCUCUGACCUUGGGCACGGCUCAGAUGCUGCAGCACGGCGGGUGACGCGUGCCCGGCUCUGCGGACUGUGCUAACGCCUGGGGACAGGCGACAGGCUCCAGCACACGCUUAAAAUAGCAGUUUCUCCGAAGGUCUGGCACAUGGAGAGAGCAGGGGGUCUCUGGGAAGCCGAGCAUUUCUGGUCUGCCUGCGAAGCGCAGCUGGCCCCGAGAGCUUGGCAGGGUUUGGGAACAGGCUGCCACAUCCCCGGCAAAAGUCCGGACUCCCAGGCACCUCCCUGUCCCCUCUGCCUCCAAGUGCUGCCGGGCACAGGUUGGUGGGGGGACCGGGGUCCCCGGGAGGGGGGAUGCACAGCGCUGUUGGGUGGGUUGCUUGGAGGGUCUCCUUCCUGCUGCCGCGGCAAGGCACAGGGUUUGUUUGCAAAGUCAGUGUUUGCCGAGUGUCCUCUCUGCCACGCAGGCGCCAAGCACAAGUCAAUGCUGGAAGGUCACAGCACCCAGAUCCGGCGAGGCCGAGGCAAGCUCCUCUCCCGGGCAGGGCACAAAUCCAAGCGGAUCGGCAACAAGGGGAGCAUCAACAUCCAGAACAAGGCGUUUCACUGCCAAGUGUGCGAGAUCUACGUGAACUCGGAGACCCAGCUCAAACAGCACAUGAGCAGCCGGAGGCACAAAGACAGGCUGGCGGGGAAGCCGCCCAAGCCCAAGUACAGCCCCUAUAACAAGCUGCAGAAGAACGCUGCCCUCGCAGUGAGUAUUCUCAAGGUAUCUGUCUCCCUGCAAAUUACCCACCCGGUUUGCUCUCCGAAAUGUUGUUUGCCAUGUUAGCCAUCUCUUG